UAAUAAUAAAAAGCAGUCCAGAAAGGGCAGCGCCGAGUUGCUAAGAGACAAUACAUGAAUGACGGUCGCACUUUACUGUAAAAAAGAGAGAAGAACUGGAGCGUCAGACAAAUGUCGUCAUCAUUACGCACAGCCUUUGGCAUUUAUUCCAGCGGAAAAUAAAAGCUGGCGAGUGAAGGGAGGACAGGACAGACAUCACGCGGCAGCACGAGCAGUCAGAAGUCAAUUUACACCCAAUGGACAUGAAAUGAGAAAUGUGACAGUUUGUUUUAGUUGUAAGUAGACCCGGGUGGAGACAUAUAUCAAUAAUGGACAUAUGAAACAGUGCACUACGUCAACCCAACUGUGCUUUCGAUUUUAAUUAAAUGCAGAAGAAUUAUCCAUUAUAAUUUGUUUUGACGGGACACACUAGAAAUCUCGUCGAGGUUGCCCGACAUCUCUCACCCCCCUUCGCACAAUGCUGCCGUGCUUGCGUAGCGCCCUGAGGGCGAGCGCGCUGCUGGGGCGCGUCCGCGGAAAGAGCCCGUGUGCUGCGCUGCUGCUGACGCGGGUGCACGCAUGUGGUUUGGGAACGCACACGCACAAGGAGCCCAUGGAGCCCUUGAACUCGCCGCAGGGUGCGAGAGACUUCAUCUACGGCCUGCAUCCCACUGAACGCACAUGCCUGCUGCGAGAACUGCACAAAUUUGAGUCUAUGGCCAUAGCUCAAGAGCAGCUAGAGAUGGCACCCCCGACAACUGCACAGCUGAGAUAUGUGCUGUUCCAUAAUGCCAUUCCAUUUAUUGGGUUUGGGUUCCUGGAUAAUGCCAUCAUGAUAGUUGCAGGCACCCAGAUUGAAUUAUCUAUAGGAGUAAUACUGGGGAUCUCAACCAUGGCUGCUGCUGCUCUAGGAAACCUUGUAUCAGACUUGGCUGGACUCGGUCUUGCAGGUUACGUGGAAGUUUUGGCCUGUAGGCUGGGGAUGCAGAUUCCUGAUCUAAGUCCUAAGCAAGUAGAUAUGUGGCAGACCAGAGUUAGUUCUCACACUGGUAAAGCCAUCGGCGUGGGCAUUGGCUGCAUACUAGGCAUGUUCCCACUACUUUUCUACAAAAACGAUGAAGAGAAAGCGAAAAAAGAAGGAAAAGAAGGUCAACCAACUUCCAAGGACACCAAAAGUGCUUGAGCAGCCUGUGUAUAGGACACCGCACGUAAAGACUGACUCGCCAGGAAAACAAAAGAAUUCCAGUCGGACUCCUCAUGCCAGCGGCUGCAGCACACGCUCUGAUUAAACUAAAGUGCAUGAGAUUUGUAUGAUUCUGUUAGUUGUAUUGAAACCCCCCACAGCGGUGCACAAAUGAAACAUUUAUUUCAAACAGCUCUAAAGCAUAAUAGCUGCCUCGAACACUGUUGUAAGUGGUUCAUGUUUUUUUCAUUGUGAUGUAGUCACUCCUAGUAGAAGUGUGUUAUUAGGAGACCAUAGUACAAAUAAUUAGACCUCUUUAUCAACAUAUUUUAUUAACUUGAACCACCCCCAUUCAUGCACCAGUGAUGCAAAAUUAUUCAGGCCAUGGAGGCCUGAGCGCUGCUUAUUUAAUGUUAAAUACUUAUGAAGACUAAUUAGAGUGCACAACAGUAUGUGCAGUGCAGUGCUGUAUUUUGCUGACGGCUUACUCCUGUGUAGUGUGAAGAUGAACUUAUAGAAAGAAUAUCAGAAUCUUACAGUCCUAACCAGACAUAUAUGGAGUGAUAUAUGUGCCACUAGGACCUGAAUUUGAAUUUUAGGACUUUGAUUUUAAUUCUUUGAUUGUAUGUAUACUUGAAAUGAAAUAUGCUGUUUUGAACUUGAAUUACAUAAACUUGAAAUUCAAAUGUACGAAGUGGGGGUCGAACGAGAGUGGAUUUAGCUGAAACCGAUAACUAAAGUGGGAAAACAUGAUGAUGAAACAAUGAUUCAUCGGCUGAUAGUUUAAAUUAUUAAUAUGAAAGAAAACAUUCCACUCAAUGUAAAAUAGUACUGAACUUUAUGACAAAAUUAUCAAUAAUGACUGAACAAUUUCAAUUAAAAAUAAGAAAUACAAAUAGUUUCAUACAAAAGCAACUAUAGAAAGAAAAACAGAUUAAAUAACACCGAUCUUAAAAUUCAGAUUCACAUUUGUAAAACAAUAAUUUAGGUUGCAAAAUGUCAGAUAUUACAAUUCAGGAUUUAUAUUCAGAUUCAGGUAAAUUCAACAGUAAAGUAUUGCCAGUAUACAACCCCAAUUCUGAAAAAGUUGGGACAGUAUGAAAAAUGCUAAUAAAAACAAAAAGUAGUGAUUUGUAAAUUAUAUUCACCCUUUGCUUUAUUGAAAGCACUACAACUAAAUUUUAUAGGAUGUUUUACCUUGUUAAUUUCAUUGUUUUUUUAUGUACGGUAAUUUCAAAACAUGCUCCAAUAAAGUUGAGCAGGGGCAAUUUAAGACUAAUAACAAUUUGAAGAGUUUAAAUAACAAGGCAAUGUGAAACAGAUGUUAAACAGGUGAGGCAAAAACAAGGAGCCUCCAAAAACAGCCUAGGCCUUCAAGAGCAAGGAUCAUUCAAGACUUGUCAAUUUGCCAACAGAUGCUUGAGCAAAUAAUCCAGCACUUUGAGAACAAUGUUCCCCAAAGACAAAUUGGAAGGAUUUUGGGCAUUUCACCCUCUACAGUGCACAAUAUAGUAAAAAGAUUCAAGGAAAAUGGUCAAAUCUCGGUGCGUAAAGGGCAAGACGAAAACCACUUCUGAAUGCGCGUGAUCUCUGAUCCCUCAGACAUCACUGUCUUAAAAUACGUCAUUCAUCUGUAAUGGAUAUCAUGAACAUGGGCUUGGGAUUACUUUAUUAAACAUUUGUUAGUCAACACCACUCGCCGCUGCAUCCACAGAUGCAAGUUAAGACUUUACUAUGCAAAGCAGAAGCCCUACAUCAACACUGUCCUGAAGCGCUGCCGACUUCUCUGGGCUCGUUCUCAUCUUAGAUGGAAAGUAGAACAGUGGAACUGUGUUUUUUGGUCCGACGAGUCCACAUUUAAAAAGUUUUUGAAAAACAAAGCCGUCAUGUUAUCUGGGCCAAAGAGGAAAAGGGCCAUCCAAGCUGUUAUUAGCGUCAGGUCCAAAAGCCAAUGUCUGUAUGGGCCAGGGGUGUGUCAGUGCCCAUGGCAUGGGUAACUCGCACAUAUGUGAGGGCACCAUUAAUGCAUUUACCAUUGUAAACCGCCAUUUUCAGCAAGACAACUUCAAACUACAUACUGGCCGAAUAAGCAGAGAGUGUGGGUGCUAGAUUGGCCUACCAGCAGUCCUGACCUGUCUCCAAUUGAGAAUGUGUGGUGCAUUAUGAAGCACACCAUAUGGCAACAAAGACCACUUACAAUUAUGCAGCUAAAGACCUCCAUGGGGGAAAAUUCCACUUCCUAAACUUAACAAACUUGUGCCUUCAGUGCCCAAAUGCUUAAGUGAUGUUAGAAGAAAUGGUGAUGUUUCACAGUGGUAAACACUCGACUGUCUCAACUUUUUUGGAGCGUGUUGCAAUCAUCUGAUUUGAAAUUACUGUACAUUUAAAAAAUAAAAAAAACCAAACAAAAAACAGUGAAAUUGAUUUCAGUAUAGCAAAGGGUGAAUAUAAUUUACAAAUCACUCCUUGCUUUUAUUAGCAUUUUUAAUACUGUCCCAACUUUUUCAGAAUUGGUGUUGUAGGAUCGAUUAUAUUUAGGCUCAGUAGCUCUUCCUGAGUACCCGAGUCUUUGGCUGAUUUACCUGAAUCUGAAUGUUAAACCUGAAUUGAACUGUCUCUGAAUUUUUGUAAACUGAAUCAGUGUUUUAAAAAAUGUAAACAAAAUUUUAAGAUCUGAAUUUGUGCCAAGUUCAUUUGAAUUUUAAGUUUGAUGUAAUUGUAGUUCAAAACUGCAUGUUCAAUUUCAACUUUCAAGUAAACAUUUAAAUCCUAAAAGUGCUCAAAGUAAAUUUGAUUCAUUCAACAGUGGCGUGAAGUUUCCAGCAACAAAUAAUUUCUGUGAAGUAUGCUCACACUGAAAGCAAAAAUACUGUGAUGAAACAGCCAAUGAGAACAUAGUUAAUGUUUAAUAUACAGGAGCAGGAUUUUGGACCAAUGAGAUUUAACUGUGGGUGGGACCUCCCAAUGCAUCAGCACAGAAAUUAAGCAACCAACUAAAUGUCCUGUUGCUUAUCACUUUAUCACAUCAUGUCUAGUUAGGAUACGGCAGUCCCGGUGCUACGAUCUCCAAGGCGCUUGGCAACCAUCUGACCGGGGGUGGGGGGUGAGGUUGGGUUGUUUUCAUGUUUUGGUGGUCAACUUGAGCGUUUCGCCCCCUGUGGAGGCCCUAGGCAAUUGCCUGCUCUGCCUAUAGCUAGCGCCUGCCCUGGGACACGGAUUUACGGGACACUUACAGGAAAGGCUACAAAAAUAAUUUCAUUAUAGUGCUUGCACCUAACACUGCACUGAAUUUAAUUUAAGUCUGUUGUCAUUUGUUGAAGUAUGUUACAUACAAUUGAAGUAACCAUGUAAAACUUGCAAUAUAUUUCACUCUCAGAACAAAUGAAACAAUAGGACAUGAGCGCUUGUCAACCCCUGAUUUAACCCCUAAUGCGUUUUGGUGUGUUUGUAUUUAUUUUCAUUACACUAAACAACUUAAACAA